CCAUCUGCAGGAGGAGAGGGACAAGGCCAACCGCUGCUCUUACCGCUCGCCGGCCAAAUCGCACGUCACUUGGAUAGCGCGAGAUUCUGGUGGGAUCGAUAGCACAAGGCACGGCUCGUCCUUGUCACGUGCGAUCCUUGGGGCGUCGCCGUUUGGGGCGUGGUCGUCCGAGUCGGAGCCAGCGAUUUGCCCGCCCCGACUGAAGAGAGCAUCCCGCCGUCGCAGCGGCGUGACGAGAAUGGCCGCGCCAACUCAGAAGGGCCAACUCACGGCUUCCGAGAGGAAACUUUUGCAAGUGAUUGAGGCCGGCGAUGUGCAAGAAGCGGCCCAAAUGCUUACAAGUGACGACGUACGAGUCAACUGUUUGGACGAGUGCGGGAUGACGCCCCUGAUGCAUGCGGCCUAUAAGGGCAAAGCCGAUAUGUGUGGCCUGCUGCUGCAGCGUGGGGCUGAUGUCAACUGCAACCAACAUGAGUAUGGAUACACGGCUCUCAUGUUUGCCGGCUUGUCAGGGAAGACGGACAUCACAUCCAUGAUGCUGGACGCCGGGGCCGAAACGGAUCUGGUGAAUUCCGUGGGUCGUACGGCCGCUCAAAUGGCGGCGUUCGUCGGCCAGCACGACUGCGUGACGGUCAUCAACAACUUUUUUCCGCGGGCGAGGGUGGACUACUACACCAGGCCCCGGGGGACGGAGAGGGAGCCCAAGCUGCCGCCGGCCUUGGCGGGACCCCUGCACGAGAUCAUCAUGACAACCAACCUCAACCCGGUCAAGAUCGUCAUGCUGGUAAGGGAGAACCCUGCUCUGGUGGACGUCGGUGCCCUGGAGAAGUGCUACCGGGUGAUGGAUCUGCUGUGCGAGCAGUGCGUCAAGCAGCCGGACUCGAACGAGGUUCUGGCCAUGAAGAUGCAUUACAUCAGCUGCGUCCUGCAGAAGUGUCUGAUCUUCCUCCAGAAACGAGACGACAAGUUGGAUGCGUUGGUGAAGAGCCUUCUGAGGGGGAGAGACAGCGACGGCUUCCCGCAGUACCAGGAGAAAUUCAUUCGAGACUGCAUCAGGAAGUUCCCUUACUGCGAGAGCACGCUGCUUCAGCAGCUGGGCAACGACCCGACGGCCUACUCGGUGUUAACUCAGGCGCUGACGGGUCAGAUGGCCUUUGUGGAUGCCGACUACUGUGCCACAUGUGGAGAGCGGGGAGCUGACAAGCGGUGCUCUCUCUGUAAAUCUGUGACUUACUGCAGUCUGACGUGCCAGCAGCUCCACUGGUUCACCCACAAAAAGAUGUGCAGGGCUAUACAGGAGCAGAAUGCCCACUUGGGAAGCGACGCCCCGAGGAUGAAAGAGCCGAACGAUGGUGAGCGUGACCUGGCGACAGAGACGGCCAACUUCCUGCAGGAGCUGUGCCUGCGCGCCGAAGAGACGGUGGCUGCCGUUGGCGGCUGCCCCGCCGAGCUGCUCGCUUGCCCAUCUGCGCCGUCGCACAAACCGUCCGGCUCCCAGCAAUGAAGAGAAACCAUCAGAGACACAGACGAUACGAUGU